ACUUUAAAGACUGACAAUGAUCCGACACUGGUUCUCCUCUCCUCAUGCUGAUACACAAACACACACUCAGACACACACUCAUCAGCCUGUGAUCAACCUCCGACCUCUCCUCAUCCUCCUCAGUCUUCAUCAUCACCGUUGGUUUGCCUCAUUGUCGGAUCAAUAAUCUGAAAUCUGUCUGCACUGAUCAGUUCUGUUCAUUCAGUAAGGACGAUGGACAAACCGAGGAUGAGACUGGAUGUGUUCCUUGUCAACAUGGCUGCUCAUAGGAAGAAUAAAGAGAAGGAGCGUCUGAAGCAGCGAGAGAAGGAGGCCAGAGAACGAGAGGCUCGGUCCAACAAUGGUCACCUCUUCACCUCCAUCACUGUUUCAUCCACCACACUGUGCUCAUCAUGCAACAGGAGCAUCACAGCCAAGGAGGCGCUCAGCUGCCCUGCCUGUAAUGUGACCAUUCAUAACCGAUGCAGAGACAGUCUGGCCAACUGUGCCAAGAUGAAGCAGAGGCAACAGAAGCUGGCGAUGGUGAGAAACAGUUCAACUCUGCAGAACGUCGCCAUGAGGACAAAAACUCCGAUGAUGAAGGAGCGUCCCAGUUCAGCCAUCUAUCCGUCAGACAGCCUCCGCCAAUCUCUACUCGGAUCCAGACGAGUUCGAUCUGGACUCUCACUUGCCAAGAGCGUUUCCACCAAUAACAUCGCAGGGGCUAGUGAGGACUCUGUGGGACUCCGGAGGAUCCUGUCCCAGUCCACAGAGUCUCUGAACUUCAGGAGCAGGACUCUGUCCAUGGAGUCUCUGACUGAUGACGGAGACUGGUGGUGGAACCCCCUACUGGAGGAGCUCCAGGUGGAGGGCAGCAGCGUCCAGGCCGACAGUUGGAGUAUGGCUGUGGAGCCGAACUUCCUGCAAACGCUUCAUAAAGACCUGAUCAAACAACAGGACGUUAUCUAUGAGCUGAUUCAGACUGAGUUCCACCAUGUCCGGACGUUGCGGAUCAUGGAGGGGGUUUACCGGAGGGGGAUGCAGGAGGAGGUGAUGCUGGAGGCAGGAGUGGUUCACACCAUCUUCCCCUGUUUGGACCAACUUCUGGAGCUGCACCAGGCCUUCCUUACGGAGCUGCUGUCCAGACGGAAACAGGGUCUGAUGGAGGGAAGCACCACCAACUUCACCAUCCGCAGCAUCGGAGACCUGCUGCUCAAACAGUUUUCAGGUCAAUGUGCAGAAGACAUGAAGAAGAUGUAUUCUGAGUUCUGCAGUCGACACCCAAAGGCCGUGAAGCUCUACAAAGAGGUUUUAACUCGAGACCGAAGAUUACAGCAGUUCAUCCGGCGUGUGUGUCGUGGUCCUCUGCUGCGCCGUCAUGGCGUCCAAGAGUGCAUCCUGCUGGUAACGCAGAGAAUCACCAAAUACCCAGUCCUGAUCCAGAGGAUCCUCGACAACACCAAAGGAAGUGAGGAGGAGGUUCAAGCUCUGAGCCAAGCACUACGCCGCCUCAAGGAGCUCAUCAGCUCUGUGGACCAGGAGGUUCUGGAACUCGACCGGUCCAGGAGGCUGCAGGAGAUCCAGGCCCGUCUGGACCCCCGGGCUCAGGCCGAGGUCCGAGGAGGAGGAGUGUUCAGGGGAGGAGAGCUGCUGCGGAGGAGGCUCCUGUAUGAGGGGACGCUCCUCUGUAAGGUCCAGGGGUCCAGGACGAAAGAUGUCCAGGUGCUGUUGAUGUCAGACAUCUUGGUUUUCCUUCAGGAGAAAGAUCAGAAAUACAUAUUUGCAUCACUGGAUAAGGAUAAGUCUCCGGUCGUGUCUCUGACUAAACUGAUUGUCAGAGACAUAGCCAAUCAGGAGCGAGGGAUGUACCUGAUCUGUGACUCCACGCCUCCAGAGAUGUACGAGCUCCAUUUUUCAUCCAAAGAUGAUCGCAGAACCUGGAUGAAUCGGAUCCAGCAGACUGCUCUCAGCUGUCCAUCCAGAGAUGAGUUUCCUCUCAUAGAGACUGAAGACAAAGCUUUAUUGCGCAGACUCACAGCGGACAUCCAGCAGAAGGACCGGGAGGUUCUUGAGCUCCUCCAGGAGAGAGUCACUCUGUUUGCAGACUUGGUUGAGGCAACAGGCCGAGGAGCAGAGACAGAAGGAGGUGUGGAGCUCACUCUCUCCCGGAGCUUGUCCUCCUCGUCCUCCUCGUCCAGCAGGAACCUGUUCAGAGCUGAUACUCCUCAAGCUCCUCAGGCUGAGCCACUGCUCAACGGUGCCAUCUCUGAAGUGGACAAACUAAGGGAACUGCUGCUGAAUACCAAUGUCCAGAGAGCAAUGGUAACCAACGGUAACCAGGAAAUCAGCAAUGGAGACUCUGUUUCUCUGAAUGGUUCCGUGGAGGUGAAUGGUGGCUCUUCACAGGAUAAAAAUGGAAACCAGCUGCAGGAGCGGAGUCCGAAUGAGGAAAUCCGUCAGCGAUUGAUUAAUCUCAGUACGCAGCUCCACGCCCUCCAGGCUGCUGUAAUUCGUCAGGACUCCUUCUUGGAACUGUCACUCAGAGCGUCUGGCUCUGCCCCUCGAGAGGCGGGGCUUCUACAGCGGCAGGUGGAGCUUCUGCAGGAGGAAGUGACCCGGCUAAAGCUGAAGGGGGAGGAGUCUAUCAAAGAGGAGGCGGGGCCAGUAGGGAGAAGGCGGAGGAAAGGGAAGGGUGGAGACAAAAAAGACAAGGGGAGCGGCAGGAAAAACAGCAAGGAACUGGAGCCCGCCCCCCUCGCUCCACUGGCUGACCAGGAGCCAGAGGACCAAUUAGAUGGAGUUCAGGAGGGAAACGAGGAGGAAGAAGAGGAGGAAGAGGAGUUGAAGAUCUCUCCACGCUCAGACAGCCCCAGAGACUUGCAGGACAUCCCAGAGGAAAGUGAGCCGAGUUAACCCUACUGAUGUCACUAUGAUGCCCCAGUGGGUUUAUCCAAUCACAUUGGAUCUCUCAGACUAUUUGAGGUAGCUGGACCUGGAGCUGAACCAAAUCACAUGAUAUAAACAGGAAGUGUAACCAGGUGACCUGUUUACAUCAGCUGGAACUGAAGCUGGAGCUCCGCCUACACCUGUCCAGUCAGAAGGGGCGGGGUUAAGGACACUACACUGUUUAAAGUCUUUAAUCUGAUAGAAACAGGACACAUGACCUUAUUGUAACGCUCUUUAUAUACAUGUGUGUUCGUAGGUUUAUGUUUUAGAGAAUAUAAGAGUCUGUGUUGCAGAACAUACAUGUAGCAUGUAUCAUACAUGUAUGUUCAUGGUCACAGACAAGAAGGAAGGGGAGGGGAUAUUAUUGGAUGUUUUCAAAGGAAUAAGAUGGUGUUUUAUGGCAUGUUAGCGUUAGCAUGUUAGCGUUAGCCUCACCUGCAUUGAGUUGAAGGAUGAUGUCGGUGUUUACCUGUUCAGGUGUGGUUUCACUCUGAAUACUGUUUAUCAGAAGGCUGAGAAAAAAAUGUUGAAAAAAAAAUGACAAAGGCUGAUCCAGAGUCUCCUUGUUUUAGCUGUGUUUCCAUAGAUACGAAUAGCACGCUAAAAAAGAGAAAUAUUCCAAUAAAAUCAAAAAUAAGAUUUUUUUCUGUAAAAUUAGAAAUCCUCUAGUAAAUGAGAAAUAUGCUAAAAAAAAAAAACAAACAAACAAGAAAACCCAUAUUUCACUAAAACAAAAAAUAUUUCACAAUACAUGUAAAUAUUUCUCUAAACGUUAGAAAUACUUAAAUAAAAUGAGAGAUAUUUCUUUAAAUAUUAAAGAAAUAUUUCUGAAUAUGAAGUUCCAUCAGAAAAAAAAUGACCCAUUUAACCGCCUCAGUCCUCAGAGACGGAUCCAGUUUGAUCUGGUCAGAGCCAAUGGGUUGGUGCAAACAUUUGAUAAGUAGGUUAACACUUAAAGAGUUAUUUGGUAUUUUCCACAGUGUGGUUGCAUGAGCAUUUCAUUUAUAUUCAGUGUAUUAUAUUACACUAUAAAUGUAAAUUUCAUUAUUUUAGACAAAACCCUCAAAGAAUCAGCCGUCAUCAGUUUGUAGAUGGCACAAAGGUCUGUGUCACAGAUGGUCACAACAUCUGUGAAGAGACUGGUCCAACCUGAUAUUGACAAAUUGGUCAAUAUUUUGAAAAUAUUAUGACCUAAUAACCACAUAAACAGAAUCUGAUUUCUGUUUGCUUAUUCCUGCUCAUGUUUGGAGGUAAGAUUAGGUAACGUGUUGACUUUUCAAAUGAACAGACAAAAACAUGUAAAAACUAAUCUGCUCUGUGGAGAAAACAACUUGAUUUGGAGACAGUAAAUGUUUUAAGUAUUGUUGAAUGACUUAGUAGUCAAAGGGUGGAAAACAACCAGUUUUUCAGACUUUGUGCCAAGUUUUUAAUCAUCCAUCUAAACAAACUAAAGGCACAUGUGGAGUUCUUCAGAGCUCUGUCCUUGGUCCUUUUCUGCCUCUACAGACUUCCCCUCUGACAUUGUGGAGUAAUAUAACAUUUACCCAUAUAUUUAUGCAUGUCAUACAUGACUUUACAAAACAGUUGUCUCAAUGCGUUUUCGGUCCUUCACUUUUCUGAAUGAGUGACAUGAAUAAAUAUGUCAGAAUUUUAUAUAACUGAAAAAUCCGAAGUAACUGUUUUUGGCUACUCGUAAGAAACCUGAAAGUUUGAAUAAACUUUGGGUAGUUUUAAACUUGAAAAACAAGUUAUUUAAACAUUUUUAAUCAUGUUAUAAUUUUUUUCAGUUUGUGAUCAUGAGCCUGAACAAAGAAAAACAUGGAGUUCCUAAAGGCUUUAUUCUCUGCACUCUACUGUUCAUUAUCUACAGGCUUCAGAUUGGAAAGUUGGAGACCGUCAAAUCUGAUUCCUUCAGAUUACAUGCCAUCAUUGAUUUCUGGACUUUUGAAUACUUGAUCAGAAAGAGUUAUUCAAAUGAGAUGAAGAAAGACUGAAUCAACUGAAUUUAAAAAUAAGACUAAAAGUCAAAUGGAAUAACCGAUUUAUCCUCUUUAAUUGUUUCCAUCACAUCAGGCUCUUCUCAGCAGGUGGAACCUAAGACACAAUAACUGUGUCUCUGGUUCAUGUAAACAAAUCAGAUCACUAUAUUAAUGUUUCUGUCAUCACUGCAUUUCAUUCUAAUGACAAUAGUUUUCAGUUGAGCUGAAUAAAUACCGUCCAUGGAAACACAGCUGGUGCUAGGACAGUCUUAUAACCAUGUCCACAGAGACUGCCUCAGAUCAUCUUGUCAUUUGUUGUUGCUGGAUGUUUUUUCUGCUGAAAUUCAAAGACAAAAAUUUAUUUAGACAAAACAAAAAACAGGUUGUUUGUACAGAAAACAAUGUGAGGAGGUCACAUGAGCCCCCCUCCCUCAAUGAUAGACAAACAAAAAAUGUUGACAUUUUGAUGUCGCAGUUUAAAGAAAAUGACUUGAACUUUAUUGAUUUAAAGUUUGAAUCUGAACAGUUUUCAGUAAAUUAACUGAAGAGUCUUUUUAAUGAAUAACGUGUUUUUUACAGUAUUGUAUCUCAGAGUGGGCGGGGCCUGUGUGUCAUGUGACCUCCUACCUGUUUGUAACCUGUGUUUGUGUUUAAUGAGUUUAACAGAUGUAACAGUGUGACUUUUAUAAGAAUAUAAUGACUGAUACAAAUGGGCUGCCUUUACUGUAUGUUUAUUAUUUGUAGAUGUUAAACAGUAGAAGAGGUUAAAGUCUGUUAUUAUAAAAUAUAAAGACUGAGAUAAACAGGCUGCCUUUAUGGUUAUCUGUAGACGUUAAGCAGUAGAUCAUCAGGUUAAAGUUCGUGUUUGUGUGUAAAUAAAGCUCAGAUCAGCAAA